AUGGCCCAGAUUAAUUGCACUCAGGUUAAGGAGUUCAUUCUCAUGGGCCUCACAGAUCGUUAGGACUUGAAGAUGCCUCUCUUUAUGGUUUUCUUAUCUUUCUACCUCUUCACAGUAGUAGGCAACCUGGGUUUGAUCCUUGUCAUUAGAACAGAUACAAGACUCAACACACCAAUGUAUUUCUUCCUUAGCAACCUGGCUUUUGUCGAUUUUUGUUAUACUUCUGCCAUUACAUGCAAAAUGCUUGGGAAUUUCUUGUACAAACUAAAUGUUAUCUCCUUCAAUGCCUGUACUGCUCAGUUAGGCUGUUUCCUGGCAUUCAUGACAAGUGAAUGCUUGCUACUUGCUUCCAUGGCCUAUGACAGAUAUGUGGCCAUUUGUAACCCUCUCUUCUACAUGGUUGUAAUGUCCCCAGGGGUCUGCAUUCAGCUUGUGGCUGUCCCCUAUACUUAUAGCAUCCUAACGGCACUAUUUCAUACCGUCCUCACCUUUCAUCUCUCCUAUUGCCACUCUAAUGUCAUCAAUCAUUUCUACUGUGAUGACAUGCCCCUCCUCAAGCUAACUCACUCAGACACUAGUUCCAAACAGCUAUGGAUCCUUGCCUGUGCUGGUAUUACAUGCUUUUCCUCUGUUCUGAUUAUUUUUGUCUCCUAUGUGUAUAUUAUUUCUGCCAUCCUGAGGAUCCGCUCUGCUGAGGGAAGAUGCAAAGCCUUCUCCACUUGUAGCUCCCACAUGCUGGCAGUCACCAUAUUCUAUGGGACCCUGAUCUUUAUGUACUUACAGCCAAGCUCUAACCAUUCCCUUGACACAGACAAGUUGGCCUCUGUCUUGUAUACAGUGCUCAUUCCUAUGCUGAACCCCUUGAUCUACAGCCUUCGGAACAAGGAUGUAAAAAAUGCCUUGAAGAAAGUUGUCAUGAGUAGAGACAAGGCUUUUCUGUUCAUGAAAUUAAGAAAGUGA